GAUUCGCCCAAAUCUUGGCUCCUCCCACUGUGCAGUCCCCGGGUGUGUUGGGAGUCUGUGGGGGGUCAUCUCUGCUCCUGGAGUGUUCACAAGUUUGGGUUUUGGCUUUUGUGUAGAGAAGGGGAAGGAGGAGAGUCAAGGUAAACGUUGCAGCCUGGCGUUAGGCAGUGAAGACUUUCUACUCCCUAGUUCCUGGGGACAGAGAAGACCCGGGCGGACCAGUCGCGGGUGUACAAGAGGAAGUCUGCCUGUCUUGGGGCUCCCACCCCCUGAGGGACCACAGUCUGGGCCAAGCAGAAACCCUGGGACCAGAGGGAAUGGCCCCCGGGACCCCGAGGCCCCCUUCCCAGGGGUCAGUAACAUUCAAGGAUGUGGCUGUGGACUUCACCCAGGAGGAGUGGUGCCUGUUGGACCAUUCUCAGAAAGAGCUGUACAAGGAGGUUGUACUGGAGAAUGUGCAGAAUCUACUCUUUGUGGAGGCAGAGACUAAUUUUGAAGUGAAGGAGAUGUCUACAAAGAUGAGACUUUUUGUGGAAGGAUCUAACUCUCCAAGAGGUAUGAAGAGGAAUCCCUGUGACUUCCUUUUCAGAGAAAUCAAUGACUCUAAUAUCAAGGUAAAUAAAAAUUCCAAGAGUGACUGUGAAUUUGAUGAAGUUGCAGAGAAUUUUAGCCAACAUUCAGUCCUAAAUCAGUGUACAAAAUUGACCUCAGGAAAAAACUGUUGUCUGGAUAGUAAAUACACCAAAUACCUUCCAGAAAAAGUGGGAUUUAAUCUGUCUCAUAAGAAGACUUCCGAAAUGCCCAUGUAUCAAAAUAACCUAGGGAGAAUCACUUCUGGCUCGAGUUUAAACCUCACAAGACAUCCAAAUCAUAUUGAGAUGCUUUCUGUGAGUAAUAAAGGUGGGAGACCUUUAAUUCAGAACUCUGAGUUUGGUUCCUAUCAAAUAAUACACUCUGGAGAGAGACCUCAUCAAUGUAAAGAAUGUGGAAAGACUUUCACAGUGAGGGGUAAUCUUGUUAGACAUCAGAGAAUCCAUAGUGGAGAGAAACCGUAUGAAUGUACUCAAUGUGGAAAGGCUUUCACAGAGAGGGGAAAGCUUGCUGCACAUCAGAGAAUCCACACUGGAGAGAAACCUUAUGAAUGUAAACAGUGUGGAAAGGCUUUCACAGAGAGUAGCUCUCUUGCUAAGCAUCAGAGAAUUCACUCUGGAGAGAAACCUUAUGAAUGUACACAGUGUGGAAAGCCUUUUACAUGUAGGGGCCAUCUUGCCACACAUCAGAGAAUCCACACUGGAGAGAAACCUUAUGAAUGUACACAGUGUGGAAAGCCUUUCACACGGAGGGGUGGUCUUGCUGCACAUCAGAGAAUCCACACUGGAGAGAAACCUUAUGAAUGUACACAAUGUGGAAAGGCUUUCACACGGAGGGGUUAUCUUGUUAUACAUCAUAGAAUCCACACUGGAGAGAAACCUUAUGAAUGUACACAGUGUGGAAAGCCUUUCACCCGGGGGGGAGAUCUUGCCACACAUCAGAGAAUCCACACUGGAGAGAAACCUUAUGAAUGUAUACAGUGUGGAAAGGCUUUCAUACACAGGGUGAGUCUUGCUGAGCAUCAAAGAAUCCACACUGGAGAGAAACCUUAUGAAUGUACACAAUGUGGAAGGGCUUUUUCACGGAGGGGCACUCUUGCUGAGCAUCAAAGAAUCCACACUGGAGUGAAACCUUAUGAAUGUACACAGUGUGGAAAGGCUUUCAUAUGUAGGGGCCAUCUUGCUGCACAUCAGAGAAUCCACAAUGGUGAGAAACCUUAUGAAUGUACACAGUGUGGAAAAGCUUUCAUACACAGAGUGAGUCUUGUUGCACAUCAGAGGAUCCACUCUGGAGAGAAACCUUAUGAAUGUACACAGUGUGGAAAGGCUUUCAUAUAUAGGGCAAGUCUUGCUGCACAUCAGAGGAUCCACACAGGAGAGAAACCUUAUGAAUGUACACAGUGUGGAAAGGCUUUCACACGGAGGAGUCAUCUUGUUAUACAUCAGAGAAUCCACACUGGAGAGAAACCUUAUGAAUGUAUACAGUGUGGAAAGGCUUUCACAGAGAGUAGCUCUCUUGCUAGACAUCAGAGAAUCCACACUGGAGAGAAACCUUAUGAAUGUACACAGUGUGGAAAGGCUUUCAUACUCAGGGUGAGUCUUGCUGAGCAUCAGAGAAUGCACACUGGAGAGAAACCUUAUAAAUGUAAACACUGUGGUAAGAGUUUCACAUGGAGGGGUGAUCUUGCCAAGCAUCAGAGAAUCCACACUGCAGAGAAAACUUAUGAAUGUAAUAAAUUUAGAUAACCGUUCUCUUAAUGUUCCACAAUUACUUCAUGUCAGAAAAUUCCCACUGGAGAGAAACCUCAAGUGAGACUGAGCUUAUUGUUGCCACUGUUUGCUUAUUUAACAUAAGAGGAUCUGCAUUAGAGAGAAACUUUAGGAAUAUGAUCCGUGUGGUAAGGCCUUCAGACAACAAUCAUCUCUUAUUCCCAAGUGAGAAUCCCUUUUGGUUAGAAAUCUUAUUCCUGUCUUGAAUGAAGAAAGACAUUGAAAUAGAGAAUCCAGAGCUUGUUCAGUAGGAGAAAAUGUCUUCUGAACAGAUCAGUUCCUGAUGGAUUCUCUGUGGGAAGACUUUCAGCCAGAGAUCAUCUCUUCUUUCAUGUCAGAGGAUUCCUAGUGCAACACAUAUGCACAAGUCUGUGUUUUGUGCAAAUGAUAAUAAGUCUGAGGCACCAGCCCACAUCUAUUAGAUUGUUUAUUAUGAGAGAAAAGGAGGGUGAGAAUUGAAAAAGGAAUGAACUUUUGGGGUUGUGAACUAAUUCAACCAUUCUGGAGAACGCAAUUUGGAACUAUGUCCAAAAGACAUUAAAAAGGAAAAACACCUAUUUAUAUUAAAAAUACAAAACACUUCAAGGUGCUCUUUCUGGGGUGACAAAAGUAUUGCAAAUUAAGAGGAAACUCACCCAUUGGGAAAUGGCUGAGCAAAUGGUGGCAUAUAAUUGCAAUGGAAUUCUGUUAUCAUUAAUGAGGAGAAACUCAGAAAAAAACCUGGAAAGGCUUGAGAACUGAUGCAGACUUUUAAAAUUAAAUAUAAACAAAAAUAUCUAUUUUACGUUUUGUAAUGUUUCCUGUCUCUUUUUUGGUCUUAAAUUUCCUUCCUUUACCAUAGAUUUGACAGCUAUACUAUUUCAUGUUCCUCUAAUUUACUUAUAAUAUCACUCUUCAUGUUAAAAGUCAUUCACCUUUUCUGAAUUAAUCUUGGUGUAGGUUAUGAGAUGUUGUCCUAAACAUAAUCUCUCUCACAUACUGUUUUCCAAUUUUUUCAGCAGUUUUUGUUAAAUAGUGAGUUCUUGUCCCAAAAGCUGAGAUAUUUGGGUUAUUGAACACUAGUCAUUUACCCCUGGUCUAUUCCAAAGAUCCCCCCGCCCUUCUGUCUCUUAGCCAGUACCAUCUUGUUUUGAUGAUCACUGGUUUUUUUUUUUACGUUUUUUUUUUAAUUUGGUCAUUUUCAAACAUUAUUCCUUGGUUACAAAAAUCAUUUUCUAUUCCUCCCUCCUCUCCCCCCACCCCUCCCAUAGCCAAUACACAAUUCCACUGGGUAUUACAUGUGUCCUUGAUCAGAACCCAUUUCCAUGUUGUUGGUGUUUGCACUAGGAUGUUCAUUUAGAGUCUACAUCCCUAGUCAUCCCCCUCAGCCCAUGUAGUCAAACAGUUGUUUUUCUUCUGUGCUUCUACUCCCACAGUUUUUCCUCUGGAUGUGGAUACUGUUCUUUCUCUAGAUCCUUCUGGAUUGUUCAGGAACACUGCAUUGCCACUAAUGGAGAAAUCUAUUACAUUUGAUUGUACCAGGUUGAUCACUGUUUUUUAAUGUAGUUUAAGAUCUGGUAGUCCUAGGCCCCCAUCCUUCACAUUUUUUUAUUAGUUCCCUUGAUCUUCUUGUUCUUUUGUUCUUCCAGAUGAACUUUGUUAUAAUUUUUUCUAAUUCCUUAAAAAAAGGUUUUUGGUAGUUUGAUAGAUAUAGUACUGAAUAAGCAAAUUAAUUUGGGUAGCAUUGUCAUUUUUAUUAUAUUAGCUCAUCUUUCCCAUGAACAAUUAAUGUUUUUCCAGUUGUUUAGAACUAGUUUUAUUUGUGUGAAAAUUGUUUUGUAGUUGUGUUCAUAUAAUUCCUGAGUUUGUCUUGUAACAGGGAAUUCUUUGUUCUCUUUGAGUUUACACUUGUAAAAGGGAAUCCUUUAUACUCUGGCUAAUAAUAACUGAAGUAUGCCUUCUUAGUACUUCACCAGACUGUGAAGACAGCAUUAACUCUCCUUUGUCUACUUUUGAAUUGAAUCAACAAAAGCUCGAACACUCUACUUAGCACUAGGUGAAGGAGCUCUCCAUCCUUUCAACUCAAAUAGCCAGGAAAUGAGAAUUCUCACCUCUCCAGAAGGUGAGAUGUUGUUCCCACAAACACUGCCCCCUUGAGCAGUGCUGGGUAAUUUGGAAACUGUAAUUGGCCCUUGUGAAAAGGGGAAGGGACAAGAAGCCACUAUAAAAAGGGCCUGAAUUUCUGGGGUUAGGAGAAUUCACUCCAAGAAGGAAGUCAAUUUCAAGGAGGAAGUGAGCUUCAAGAAGAAGGUUGGCUCAAGGAAGAAAGUGGGCCUCAGGAAUCACCUUCAGCUCUAGUCAUUGUCUUGACUCGCCUCUUUGAGGGAACUUGGGUGAGUUGAAAGCUAAUUUUCCCUUCCUGUCUUUGGAGAGAGUUUAAUUCCAGUUGAAGGUCAAGAAGUCUUGGCUGAGUUGAGCAAUGGAGCAAUAUGUAGUUAGAUGAGCUAAUGUCUUCUUUACCCUUUUGUAUUUCUAUGCUUUGUCUUUCUCCUUUUGUAAAUAAAAGCUAUUAAAGUCAUUUUGACCAUUAAAAUUUAAUUCUUACAUUCUAGACGAAAAGAUUCAAAUAUUUUAUAUUGUCUCGAGUGAUUGUAAAUGGAGUUUCUCUUUCUAACUCUUGCUGUUGAUUUUUGUUGGAAAUAUAUAAACAUGCUGAUCAUUUAUGUGGAAUUAUUUUAUAUCCUGUAACUUUGCUAAAAUAGUUAAUGAUUACUACUAGCUUUUUCCUUCUCCCUGUGAUUUUGUGGCUGCAGCUGUGGGCUUUAUGCCUGCCAGGAGAAUCUGCACAUGUCGAUGUAUGUUUUCUUAAAUAAUUAAGUUUGAACUUCUAUUUCUUUUGGCUUAUUUUCUUUCUACUUCAAGUGAUUAGUAAUAAACUUUAUAAAAUA